CAGCAAGAGGGGAGAGAACGCACGAGAUCACCCCAAGGCAAAAAUGCAGCUCUCCUUCCUCCGGCGAGCUCUCCACCCGCGCCGGCCGCGCGCCGCCUCGCCUUUCCCCUUCACCGGCGUGAUCCGCCCUCGUCCCUUCUCCUCCGCUUCCGCCGCGCCGGCGCCGGCGCCGCCGCUGUCACCCAAGGACGCGCGCAAUGCGCCGCCGUCGCCGCCAAUGAUGCCGACGCGGCCUUGGGAGGAGGCGCUCGCGGCGUCGCAGCGCGCCUUCGGCCUGCCGCUCGCGGGGCGCGUCCUCGCCGCCUCGGCGACCGGGAACGCGGCCGUGUCCCCCGCCGCGGCCCACGCCUCGCUCGCGCUCGCCGCCGCCGCCGCGCGCGGCGCGACGCGGAGGCAGCUCCUGCAGGUGCUGGGCUGCGGCGGCGGGGGCAGGGGCGCCGCGGCGGACGCGGCGAACGUGGCGUCGCGCGUCGUCAGGCGGGUGCUCAAGGACCGCUCCCCCUCCGGCGGGCCGCUGCUGCGGUUCGCGGGAGGAAUCUGGGCGGACGCCUCGACGAAGCUAUCGCCGGGGUUCAUGGAGGCCGCCCGUAACGUGUACGGCUCCGCGGCGAGGACGGCCGACUUCGUGAACGAGCCAGAAGAUGCUGCAAAGCAAAUUAACUUGUGGGUUAUAGAGUCCAUGAAACGUACAGUUACCUCGCUGCAACCCUAUUACUUGACGCUGUUGAGCCGGAGGCCGCUGCUGUGCUCCGGCAGCAGGAGCCCGGCCGACCGCCGGUGUACAACGUCGGCCCGCUCAUACUGACCGAGACCGAGACCAAAUCCUCGCCGCGCGCGGCGUGCCUCGAGUGGCUCGACCGGCAACCGCCCAGGUCGGUGGUCUUCGUCUCGUUCGGCUCUGGCGGCGCGCUGCGGACGGAGCAGAUGCGGCAGCUCGCGCUCGGGCUGGAGCUCAGCGGGCAGCGGUUCCUGUGGGUGGUGCGGAGCCCGAGCGACGAGGGGGCUGUGAGCGACAACUACUACGAUGCCGAGAGCAAGGAGGACCCCUUCGUGUUCCUCCCAGAAGGGUUCGUCGAGAGGACCAAAGAUGUCGGCUUCCUGGUGUCGUCAUGGGCGCCGCAGAUUGAGGUCCUGGCUCACGAGGCCACUGGAGGGUUCCUGACGCACUGUGGGUGGAACUCGACCUUGGAGAGCCUCGUCCAUG